AUGGCCGGACAACCCGAACCUACCGGGCUCAUCGCCAAGAGCGGCAUCGAGCUCCUGACUUUCACGACCCCCAACGGCAUAAAAAUCAGCAUCCUGCUCGAGGAGCUGAAAGAAGCGUACGGCAAGGAUUACACGUAUCAGUCCCUCAACAUCCUGAAGAACACCCAGAAGCAGCCGUGGUUCACCGCGAUCAACCCCAACGGCCGCAUCCCGGCCAUCGUCGACCACGACAGGGGCGGCUUCGCUGUUUUCGAGGGCAUGGCUAUCCUCGGCUACCUCACGCGCCACUACGACCCCGAGCACAAGUUCAGCUUCCCGGUCGACAGCGACGAUUAUAGCGUCUGCGAGCAGUGGAUGGCGUGGCAGCACGGCGGAGUCGGCCCUAUGCAAGGCCAAGCGAACCACUUCGUCCACUUCGCCCCCGAGAAAGUCCCGUACGCGGUGCAGCGGUACGUCGGGGAGGCGGAGCGGCUGUACGGGGUCCUCGACAAGCGGCUCGAGGGGCGGGACUUCCUGGUGGGCGCGGGGCGGGGCAAGUACAGCAUCGCGGACAUCAACCUGUUGGGAUGGGUCAACACGGCGCAGUACACGGGCAUCGACACGGCGCCCUUCCCCAACAUCGAGAGCUGGAUCGAGAGGUGCAUGGCCCGCCCCGCGGUGAAAAAGGGGUACGAGAUCCCGGCCUAUAUACCGAUGACCAACGCGGAUUUGAAGAGGAAGAGGGCGGAGGACCCCGAGGCCAAGAAGCAGUAUGAGGAGUCGCAGAGGUUUUUGAGGGAGGCGAAGGAGAAGUAUGGGUAUAAGUAUUCUUCGCCUUAG